AUGUCACAAGAGCAAGGCAAAGCACGGCCAUUUCCACGAGGUUCUAAAUCAUGUUGCCCGACUUUGGCAACGAGUGAACGAUCGACUGCUGCAAGUGAACAUCCUAGAACAUUGAAAUCCUCUACGUCCAAAACCAAAAAGGAAGACCUUGGAUUCCUGGAAUUGGUAUGCCCAGAGGAUCCCACCGUCGACAAUCCACGGCUUGAAUGGUCACAGAGAAAAGACUUGAUGACAGACGAUGGCGUUCUUUGGCUACGCCAAUUCUUGCCGUCCUCAUUGCCUCGUGCCCGUAUCCUGACCUAUGGCUACGACGCCGACACUCACAGUACGGAGUGCGUAUCGACCCAGACUAUGCGCCGCCACGCCGUCGGUCUGGCUCAAGCUAUUUUACGGAAGCGUAAAGAUGCUCCUCGACGCCCCAUCAUCUUUGUUGCUCACGAUUUGGGAGGCAUCAUUCUCAAAUGGGCGCUCGUCAUAUGCAACAACGAGGACCUGGAAUCAAAAGGCGGCCUACGAAAUAUCCUGGUAUCCACCCAUUCCAUCCUCUUCUUUGGAACCCCGCAUUCCGGCGUAGAAGACACGCUUCUUAAGAAGAUCGUUCGCCUGGCAGCGCCAUGUGUGGAAUCGACAGAAGUCAUUGUCAAGAACCUUCACGCUCACUCGGAUGAACUCGAAAACAUCCAGAGCUUGUAUCUCACCGCGAGUAAAAAGAUAAACAGCGUCUUCUUCUGCGAGGAGUACAGCACCGGAGCCGAAGAACAGCAGAUACAUUUGAAUGUUCCGUAUCCCUCAGCGGUGAUCGCUGGCGAUCAAAACGCUAUUGCGGUCGUACUCCAUAGCGAUCACCAGAACCUUGUCAGAUUCCAGACGGAAGAGAGUGAAGAUUACCAAGCAGUUGCUUACUAUCUCACGGAGUGCGCUGAGAACGCCCCCGAUGCCGUGCACAAAAAAUGGUUUAUGGAGAAUAACUUGCGCACCGUCGUGAAGGGAGGAACCAUCCUCAACCAGUCGCAUUCGCCCCAUCCUCUGUCCAUACCACCUGCUCUACAAGGAACUCGCCAGGCUGUCCUCGAGACAAUCUCGCAAUGGGCCGAUGGCGAUUCAUCAGAAAAACCGAUCUUCUGGCUAUGUGAUAUAGCUGGCUCUGGAAAAUCGACCGUCGCGAUGACUGCAAUGGAGAAGUGGAAGAAGCAAGGAAUCUUAGGCGGCGGAUUCUUCUUCUCCAUGGCAAGCAGCGAAAGCUCAGACACCGAAAAGUUUUGCUCGACCAUGGCGAGGGAACUCGCUCAACAUAUUCCCGAGCUUGGGACACCGAUUGCGGAGAUAGUAAAGCGGAAUCCUGCUCUCCUACGAGCCUCUUUUGAUCAACAGUUUCGAAUGCUCAUCACCGACCCACUCCAGCAUCGACAGACGCAAGUAGUCCUCGUCUUAGAUGCACUCGACGAAUGCAAGUCUGGAGCACAGAGAAAAGAACUGGUUGAGACUCUCGCUUCUGCUGCUCAGGAGAGCAAGAAUCUUCGGAUAUUCAUCACAAGUCGACCAGACCCUGUGGUCGAAAGGGUUUUAGAACCUCUUUCUAUCAAGGCCAAGCUGACAGAUCGGCUCCACGAUGCUAGCCACCGCGACAACAUCGAUGACGUUGCGAUAUACGUCCAUCGAUUGCUUGGCCGGCGCCUGACGCCAGAUAAGAUCCAGCGACUGGUUGAUAAGGCCAAGGGGCUGUUCAUUUGGGCGAGCACUGCGUGUCGGAUGCUCGAUGAUGAAUCAUCUGCGGUCAAUACAGCGGCCAUAUAUGAUCGCCUGACGUCUAUUGAUCAGCCUGGAGCCAUUGACGAGGUAUACGACCUCGUCUUCGAGCGCAUUGACCGAGCAUCCAAACCAGUUAUCAUUGAAAUGCUCGGUAUGCUGCUUGCUGCGUUCGAGCCACUCACCACCCACGACUUGGAAGACCUUGUUCAGCAUACCAAAGGACAAGGGAGUGCCGAAGCGCUGGUACGGAUUCUGGGAAGUGUACUUAAGGAGGAUCCGAUCACGCACUCGAUACAGUUUCGUCACCCCACCUUUUUCGAAUAUCUUCGACGACGCUGUAGCACCGAAAUUAUCGGCGAUUGCGACAGGAAUCUUAUCAACAUCGCGCGUGCGCAUGGCCAAACCGCAUCAUGGUGUCUUCACACUCUCAAAUCGCGCAAGGAGGGGCUCAAGUUUAAUAUUUGCCAAAUCGAGUCAUCCUUCUAUCUGAAUAGGCAGAUUACAGACCUUGACGCCCGGGUGGCGAAAUUCAUUUCGCGGAGACUUCGCUAUGCUAGUUUGCACUGGCCGUUCCAUGUGGCCGCAUUGGACAGUGACUGGGGCCGCAGGCUAAGGAAUGAGCUGGCACGUAUAGUCAAAAGUUGUAGGCUCGCGCGUCUGCUCUGA